GUGUGUGCGAGGCCCGCUAGAUAAUAAUAACGAUAUAUAGAUAUCGCAAUCGCCCUCGGACUACUAGAUUCGACGCCGGCCGCUCGGAAUUUUUUUUUUCGAUUUCGCGCGUCGCCGUUCCGGGUGGAUUAUUAACUGAAUUUUUUUCGCGGGAAAUUUCGAAAAAUGUGCGAACGGUUCGUCGAGAAUCAGAGCGGGCGGACGCGCGGUUCUCGCCGGAUUCCCACGGGACACGUGCGACGUCGCACGACGGGAUAAAGUCGUCGGGUGAUGUCGAUUAGCGCUCUUUAUCCAAGUAGAUAGGCAAUAUCGUAGGUAUAGUAGGAAUAAUUCGAAGCAAUCUCUGCCGUCCAUUCCGCCGUUCCUCCACCACCCGCCCGCCAAAAAACACACAAUAAAAUGGCCGUUUUCAAAAAUUACUACAACAGAAAAUCGUUCUCGUGUUGGGCGGUGACCGCGUCCUGUCUGUACCUGCUGUGCAGUACCGUGAGUACCGCGACGAGCACGUUGACGAACGGCGAGAGGUUCCGGCACCACCACGUCAAGGAUCAGCUGGAGAAGACAUCCGCGUACGAGGAGAUCGGCACCAAGAGCCACACGCCCUCGUGUCCGAACUGCCUGUUCGAUAAACAGGACAGGGAGAAAAUCGAAACGGACAAGUUGAGACUCGAGGCGAUCAAGAGGCAGAUCUUGCAAAAGCUCGGCCUGAGGUCGAAACCGAACGUAACGCACAGUCUUCCGAGGGAGGUGGUGCUCGAGACGCUGUACCGGGCGGAGGAGGGGGAGUUUUUCCCCGACUUCGGCGCCGAGGAGGAGUACCCCACGACGAGUGAAAAAAGUGGCGGUACGGAGGUCGUGGACGCGGACGAUUUCUACGGCAGGACCAGCGAGGUGAUCUCGUUCGCUGAAGAAGGCUCCAGAGUCAACCAAAAUAGACUGUUAGAGUUCAAAGUCAGUCCAGAGACUAGCGGGCAGAUGGGCCAGGAGUUCCGCGUCAGGGAGGCGGUGCUGUGGCUCAAGGCGGACAUGUUGGGCCGCAGUUUCGGCAAGUGCCGUUCGACGGACAUAUUCGUUUUCAAAAUCAUAUCCAAUAGAUUGCCGGAGUCAGUGACGCUUAGUUCUAAUCAAUUCGAACGAGUAACGGACGAACCCGUAUCGAUGGCCCUGGACGAGUCGCGAAGCGGCUGGCAGAAGAUAGACCUGACCAAGACUGUUCGAAACUGGCUGUCCGAAACGAGUAACGAGAAGCUUAGGCUGUUCGUGGAUUGCAGCUGCUGCGCCCACUGGCACAUACACCUCUUCAACGAUGAGAGGGACAAGAGGUCCAGCGCAAAUCGCCCGUUCUUGGUGAUCCACACGGAUCCCAACACGACGAAGAGAGUGAGGAGGAGAGCAAUAGACUGUUCAAUAGAUUCAGGGAAUCAAUGUUGCAAGCAGAGAUUUUACGUCAGUUUCAAGGCGUUGGGUUGGGACGACUGGGUUAUUGCUCCGCAAGGGUACUACGCGAAUUAUUGCAGAGGAGAUUGCGGUCAUCACCGUACUCCAGACACAUUCGUGACGUAUCACACGCACGUAAUCGAGGAGGUGCGUAAGACGCAGCACCUUUCGGGGAUGACACCCUGUUGCGCGCCUCUGAAGUUCUCCAGCAUGUCGCUGAUAUACUACGGUCCCGAGUCCACUAUCAUCAAGAGGGACCUGCCCAAGAUGGUGGUCGACGAGUGCGGAUGUCCGUAAGUGAACGAACCAACUUCUAUACGGAGAGACCAAAUUAAAUUUAAAUCGAGAGUCGACCUUUAGAUAAUCUAUAGACUGAAGUGAUAAUUA